GUCUGGGCCGCUGGCUGCCGCGCCAGCCCCUCUUCGCGGCGGGGGAGCCGGCUGUCUGGGCCCCUCCGCUCGCCUUCUUUUCCGGCAGUUGGGGCACUUCCUGUUGUCCUCACUCGCAACCGCCACUCGGCCGCUACCUCAGAGCCCCUCGCGCGACCCCUCCUCUCCUCUGGUCGGCUGGCUGCUGCCGCUGGGGCUUCUGUCCGUACAUCGAGACCGCUGGCCCUGCCGGCGUCUGCGGCUGGCCGCCGCCCCCAGCCCUGCCUCCCACUGGUCUCUGCAGCCAUGGCAAUGACAGGCUCAACACCUUACUCUUCCAUGAGUAAUCACACAAAGGAAAGGGUGACAAUGACCAAAGUGACACUGGAGAAUUUUUAUAGCAACCUUAUCGCUCAACAUGAAGAACGAGAAAUGAGACAAAAGAAGUUAGAAAAAGUGAUGGAAGAAGAAGGCCUAAAAGAUGAAGAGAAACGACUGAGGAGAUCAGCACACGCUCGGAAGGAAACAGAGUUUCUUCGUUUGAAGCGAACAAGACUUGGACUGGAAGAUUUUGAGUCCUUAAAAGUAAUAGGCAGAGGCGCUUUUGGUGAGGUGCGGCUUGUUCAGAAGAAAGAUACAGGGCAUGUGUAUGCAAUGAAAAUACUCCGUAAAGCAGAUAUGCUUGAAAAAGAGCAGGUUGGCCACAUUCGUGCGGAGCGCGACAUUCUAGUGGAGGCAGACAGUUUGUGGGUUGUGAAAAUGUUCUAUAGUUUUCAGGAUAAGCUAAACCUCUACCUAAUCAUGGAGUUCCUGCCUGGAGGGGACAUGAUGACCCUGUUGAUGAAAAAAGAUACCCUGACAGAAGAGGAGACUCAGUUUUAUAUAGCAGAAACAGUGUUAGCCAUAGACUCCAUUCACCAACUUGGAUUCAUCCACAGAGACAUCAAACCAGACAACCUUCUCCUGGACAGCAAGGGCCACGUGAAACUUUCUGACUUUGGCCUUUGCACAGGACUGAAGAAAGCACAUAGGACAGAAUUUUAUAGGAAUCUGAGCCACAGCCUCCCCAGUGAUUUCACUUUUCAGAAUAUGAAUUCCAAAAGGAAAGCAGAAACCUGGAAAAGAAAUAGACGUCAACUAGCCUUCUCCACGGUAGGCACUCCUGACUACAUUGCUCCCGAGGUGUUCAUGCAGACCGGGUACAACAAGCUCUGUGACUGGUGGUCGCUCGGCGUGAUCAUGUAUGAGAUGCUCAUCGGCUACCCACCUUUCUGUUCUGAGACCCCGCAAGAGACAUAUAAGAAGGUGAUGAACUGGAAAGAAACUCUGACUUUUCCUCCAGAAGUUCCUAUUUCUGAGAAAGCCAAGGAUCUAAUUUUGAGAUUCUGCUGUGAAUGGGAACACAGAAUUGGAGCCCCUGGAGUUGAGGAAAUCAAAUGUAAUUCUUUUUUUGAAGGUGUUGACUGGGAACAUAUCAGAGAGAGACCUGCAGCAAUAUCUAUUGAAAUCAAAAGCAUUGACGAUACCUCAAACUUCGAUGAGUUUCCAGAAUCUGAUAUUCUUAAACCAACAGUGGCAACAAGUAAUCACCCUGAGAGCGACUACAAGAACAAAGACUGGGUCUUCAUCAAUUACACGUACAAGCGCUUUGAGGGCCUGACUGCGAGGGGGGCAAUACCUUCCUACAUGAAAGCAGCAAAAUAGUUUCCUUGAAAUGGAAUUCUAAGUAGAGCAGACUUCCUUGUACAGCAUCACGGUUUUUCUUCUCACAUGCUCUUUUGAAAGAGCUUCCAAGAAGCUUAUGGAACCCACCACUGUGUCAUGGUAAACUCUCCUGAAGUGCGAUAGUAAGUGGGUUCCCUUUCAUAGCGUGUCUGCUGACCUGCAGAGGGGACACAACUCUCUGCUACAUCGACCACAAACAGCUGUUCUGCUUCCUUAGAAGCAUCAUGAGCCAAUUUGAUUUAAAAAAAAACAAAAAAAAACUUGAGUUUUCCUAAGUUCAUCAGAACAAAGGGGGAAGAAACAGCCAUCAUCCAACAUGACUUAGAUUGUAACAUAUACUUAUCGAACAUCAGCCAACUCCUGUGAUUUGCGUGACAUGCUUUCUGCCAAGCCCACCAAGUAUUUUUUUGUUUUUCUUUAAAGUUUCAGUUCUUUGAAGCUGUAAAGUUCCAGAGUACUAAGGAAAAAAAGCAAUAACUCUUCAGCAGCCAGCCUCCUGGCUGAAGGAAGUGACCCACCCUCCCAGUGGGUGGUGAUGGUAGUUUCUCCGCAGACCUCGGCCUCGGGCAAGUGGCUUUGUAUAGCCUCCAUUCAUGGUGCACUUUAUUUUUGGUACUAGGAUAAAGACCCUCAGUCCAUUUUGACUAUCUCCUCCAGCUCAUCUGAAAUACUCAUGCUGCUUUUCUGAAUGUUCAUGGGAACGGAUACCAGGUUGAGCCAUUGUUGCUCUUAGAAGGUCCCCAAAGCCACUGGGCCUUGCCAAGGCGUUGUGGACCUCGUGGAAAACCCCACUUAAUCCCACUGAUGGAUGUUGCUGUGGACCAGCAACACCCACAAGUGCUGCCAACAGGAACUUUGUUCUUGGGAAGAGCCCAGGCAGAAGCAGGAGGCCUGGGACCCUCUUGGCUAAGGUGCUGCUCCUGCUCUGUCUCCAGAACCUCCUUGGAAGUGGUUGAAGGAACUGGCCCAGUACAAAGUGCAGAGCCAGCCUUCACAUCCUUGGAAAAGUUCACGCCUCAAUCUUUGGUGCAACUGUAUUUGUAUUCGCUUGGUGUUUCUCCUUUCCCAACUUUGACCAUUUUGCCUUGGAAUCAUGAUUACAAAUUUUUCCUUUGCAGAUGCCUUCCCUAGGGGAUAGUCCUCUCCACCCUGAAGGGUUACCUGCAGGCUUGGGCUGACCAGGCCUCUCUAUUGGAGUGUUCUCCUAAGAGAGAACCUCUGAGUUUCAACACAAAGUGCCUUUUCUUUCACAGCUGCCACCGCCUUUAGAGGACUUUUGCUGCACCAGAAAACUGUGGAGGCUCCGUAUUAAUGCAUUAUUACUUUUAAAUUUUUCGAUAAUUCUUACAGCAUCAUGUGCACUUGUGUAGUGACUUUGCCUGUUGCAGUGUCAUGGCCAUGCUACAACUGGGAGACUGUUUUAUUCCAGUCUUGAGGUUGUUACUAUCAGCUAAGAAAGGAAAGUAUGUCCCAGCUUGCCAUUCAGAAAAGAGAAAUGGAAUAUCAAAUUUACAGUAGUGAGUGAGACUACUUUGGGUUUUAAAGUCUUAGAGGAAAAAAAAAAAGUAUUAGGGAAAUAUUAACUCUGGAUGAGGGUAAUGUUUGCCCCUUAAUCUUUCAUUCAUGGUUUGUUAGUGAAAAGGAAGUCAUGUAUUUCUUUGCAUUACCAAAUAGUUGGGGUCUUAACCUCCAUGUGUUUUGCAAGAAUGUGUGGUAAGCAUGGGUAAAGAGAAGUAACAGGAGGGUGGCAGCCUGUGUGUUGGGGAGUGGCAGGGGAUAAUUUGUUUUAGGGGAAAAUGCCCACUUUAACUUUUAAACUUCUGAAUAAACUGUGUGAAAACAGUAUAAACCUGAUGUUUUAAAGGAAAUGUGGCCUAUAAUUCAAAGAGCAAGAGUGCUGGUGGCUUUUUCUAACCCCUUUGUCUGCAGACCAGUGGAACACUGUAUUUAGGCCAAGUGCUUUACUGUCUCAGGGACGAUGGUACCUGCUUUUUUGCUCCCUGAGAACAAGUCUUCUGAAUUGGAGUCCGUGUAGAGAGACUGCCUCUGGUUAGUGGUUCACAUGGUUCAGUGUUACAGCACAGGGGGCACUCUUGUAAUCAGUGCAGUAAGGCCCAGAGGAGACCUGGUGACAAAAGUGCUGUCAACUGGCAGACCUUUCUACAACUCUUUGUAGCCCAGCCCUGUUUUUUUUUCAGCCUAGGUUUGGCCAGGAAUCUCUCACGCUCCCAGGAUGGGAUUUCUCAGCUCCCUGUGCCCACCAGAGCAGGGUUCUGUCUCUGGAUGCUGUGUGCGUGAGGAGUCCCUAUUGGGUCCCACUUCUUAGCCCCUUCUCUGGGUCAGGGAAAGGAACCUCAAGAGAGACAAGGAGGAACCAGGGUAGGAAGUGCAGGCCAGACAGAAUGUAUUCCUUCCAAGUUUCAUGGGUUUCAGGAAACAUGUUUGGAAGGAACUAUGGGCUCAGUGUUGGUCCUAUUCGUAGAUAACUGUUUCCUAGUCUUAAGGGGAGGUAGAAUACAACAGAACUACACUGCAUACGUACUAAAAGGAAGCUGAAUACUGAUGUCAUUCAGCCUCUGAUUCAGGAGUGCAUCCAAAUUUUCUUCAGUACCUGUUUCUUUUUAGAAUUACUUUCAAAAGUUAAAGGGUAAUUCCUUUGGGAUUAAUAUUCAGGCUCUGAAUAGCAGAUUGCUAAUUAACACUCAUCUAUGUAGCAUAAUAGGAAUCUUCUGCCACUGCCUGCUAGUCUUGAAUCAUUGCUUUGGAAAGCCUAUCUCUCUAUUCCUUCCCCUUGUGUGGCACGUUAGUAUCAGUUAUCCCAUGUACAAAACAUGCUAGUAGUUUUUAUAAUCAUUCCUCUGGCCACUGGUGUCCUCACUGCCAUAUCCAUUGGCUUCUCUUCAGCCCUCAUGUUACAUGACCACCUACUGCACUCACACUGCUGACUUAAAAAAAAAAUCCACUCAAAAUGCCUGUGCUCUUCAGAGCAAUGCCUCUGCCUUCUUUUCAUUCAUGUGCUCUCCCCUGUACUGUGGCUUCAGCUGUAUUUUUGUGGUGAGAUUCUCAAAGUGACCAACCUUCCUAGAUCCCUCCGAAGAACUCUAGAUCCCACUCUUCCCUUCAUAGCCUUUUUUCCUAGCUCAUUCUAUCCUCUGUCCAAGCCAGGAACUUCUUAAUGGCUCCCAGUGGUAAGCAUGCACACUUGUGGGGCAUGGCCAUCCAGCCUACCAGUGCCUCCAUCAUUCCUUGCUGAACCCGCUGCCGUGGGCUCUUAGCUGACUUUGUCCCGGGUCCUUCCCCUAGAUUUUUUUUCUUUUAAAUUUCAAGUCUGAUCAUAGCAUUCUCCUGCAUAAGACUCUUAAGGCUCCCAAUAUGAUGUAAGGAGACCAAACACCUUUGAGGUAUAAGAGUCCUUCUUUACUCUGGCUGCAUCUCCACAUCCCCCAUCCUCUUUCCUGAGAACAAGCAACUAUCUCACCUUUGCAUCUCUGCUUACAUAGUUGAGCUGGCCUGGAACACCUCCUCCCCUGCUGACAGGUCCAAAACAACUAGUAUCUGUCCUUCACAAGUUGGCUCCUGUGUCAAUUCUAGAAUCCUCUUGUGAAUUCUCACAGUAAAAGCGGGCCACUCCAUAGUUUUGGUGACCUGGACUAUUUAUAGUUCUGUCUUUUACACAUGAUCAUAAAAGCCCUUUGAAAGGAAGAACUGUGUCCUAGUUAGCAUAUGUCCCUGUGACCAGGCACUGCUGGCCAUGUCUUCAGAGCAUGUUCUUAACCUCUGUGCUGAUAAAGGCAGGCCAGCUAGGGAGGCCCUGGCUUGCUUAGCACCCCUUGAAGUUGUCAGUAUUACCAAUAAGCGCGCAGGCCAAGUGACCUGAGGAGACACCUGACUAGAGGACAGCCAAUCAGAGACCACUAUCUCGUACCUGCUUGUCAUCCCUGCCACGCUUCCUCACUUGCUUUAAACCAAAACUAGAACAUAGAAGUUUGUGAGUCCUCUUACCUUUCAGAUUGACAUUUGGCUUUGCAGGGUCCUGUGUAGUUGGAGCUGAGAGUUCAAGGGGUCUUGAAGACAAGUUAACCAGAAACUCAAGAAUGCUGACCAUGAGGGCUCUGGAACCUGUGAGUUGCAAGAAAUUAGCAGGAUGCGAAAAGCACACACAGGCUCCAGGCGAGCCCUGCAGCUGCUGCAGGAAAAAAGACGACUUAAUUUUAGUAUAUGUGCUGCUGAAGCGAGCACAGAAGAGACUCUUCUGGGCAGUCUGGGUGCUACUUUCAGUCCUUUUUAAUAUCUUGACUUCCAAUUUUAUUUUCUGCUAAAAAAACAACAUGGACACAAAUGAUAAUAUUUUAUUAUAGAAAAAGCAUCCCAAAUAUAGGAUUUCGUAAACACUGGUAGGUGAACAAGUGCAACUUUAAAAGUAAUACAAAGUAAAGAGGCAAAACCUAUAAGCAUUUUGCCUUUAAGGAAAUGUAAUGUUCUCCUGCAGAGGUGAUCCCACCCAGGGCACGAACGUGGCUCCAUCACCCAUACAGGCAAGGCAUCAGGUUUGCUUUCUGAAGUCAUUAUGCCCAGUUUAACAAUUUCACGAUGAUGGCAAGAAGUAGCAUUGAAUAAAUUGCUAACACCCCUUGAUUCUUAA